AUGCUGCAGGUUCUCACCCGUGAGCUCACACUUUGCUAUGGGUUUGUGCGUCGGGACUUGGGAACUGGUCUUCUCCCCGUCCCUGCAUUCACCCUGGCUUCUCUCAUCUAUCGGAACGCGCCACGCUCGGAAAUUGCUCCAGCAAUUGGACACGCCUUUCUCUACGGCUUCCUCUACCUCUACACCUUCGUCGUCUCGAACCAGAUCAGCGGCGUGAGUGAAGACAAAGUCAACAAGCCCGAUCGUCCUAUUGCCUCGGGUGCAGAAUCAUUAUCAGCCGCCAAGAAUCGGUAUUGGUCACUCACAGUUAUAUACCUCGCUCUGGGCUAUUCUCUGGGAGUAUGCAAAUGGACCCUUCUGUGGAUCGCCACCACGAUCGCCCAUAACCCCUUAGGAUUCUCCAACUUCGGACCCACGAAAGAUCUGUGUAUGGGCCUUGGAUGCAUUGCACAACUGAAGGCGGCGUGGGCCAUUGGCGGUGCACCCGCGGAUAUGGGCUGGGCAUGGAUCAAGGUGAUCACUUUGUACAUGCUGUGGCCGAUUCCGCUGCAGGACCUGCGUGAUGUCCCCGGGGAUCUGGCCGCUGGACGACGCACGACGCCGAUUCUGCUCGGAGACCUGCCUGCGCGCAUCUACAUUUCGGUGGGGAUCGCGGUAUCACAGUACCUGCUUAUCUACCAUCGUAUUUUACAGCACCGGUAUGACGAUUCGACCGUUGCUUUGUCCGUGGCGCUGGGGCUGAUGACCGUUGGCUGUAUCUUCCGACUGUUUUAUUUCCGGUCUCUGACGAGCGACCGGUUUUCAUAUUGGUUGUACACGGUGAUCUACGUGCUGCAGCCUCUGGCUGCAUGCGUUACUCUCCGGUGA